GCUCCGCCCGCGGCUGCCGCAGUGGGCCGGGCCCGCGCGGCCGCCGAGACGCUGCGGGAGUUUCGCGGCCGCGCAGCGACGACUGGGCCAUGUCGGCGCUGGAGUGGUUCGCGCACAAGCCCCUGGGCGGUGGUAUCUUUUGGAUCCAGGAGCGCUUCUACGAAUCGGGCAACCGGGCCAACAUCUGGCUGGUGCGGGGCUCACAGCGAGACGUGGUGAUCGACGCGGGGCUGGGGCUGCGCAGCCUGCCCGACUACUUGCGUGACGCCGGGCUGCUGGCGCCGGCCGAGGGCGCCGGGCCCCGGCCGCUACUCGCCGUGGCCACCCACGUCCACUUCGACCACUCGGGCGGGCUGCAGCACUUCGAGGAGGUGGCGGUGCACAGCGCCGAGGCGGCGGCGCUGCUGCAAGGCGACAACUAUGAGGCCGUGACGUGGCUGUCGGACCGGGAGGUGGCGCGGCCGCCGCGGCCCGGCUGGAGCGCACGACAGUUCCGCGUGCCGCCUGUCCGGCCCAGCCGCCUCCUGCAGGAGGGGGAUGUGAUCAGCCUCGGAGAUCGACAGCUCACUGUCAUGCAUAUGCCUGGUCAUUCACGAGGAAGUAUUUGCUUACAUGACAAGGACAGGAAGAUUUUGUUCAGUGGAGAUGUGGUGUAUGAUGGAUCUAUGAUCGACUGGCUUCCCUACAGCAGAAUCAGUGACUACGUUGCAAGCUGCCAGCGCCUGAUGGAGUUAGUAGACAGAGGUCUUGUGGAGAAGGUACUACCUGGGCACUUUAACAUAUUUGGGGCAGAAAGGCUGUAUCGGUUAGCUUCCAACUACAUUUCCCAAGCUGGAGUUUGUCACAAGAUUUCUACCUGUGCCAUGAGAUCCAUUGCAAGCAUAGCACUUCGUGUUACAAAUUCAAGAAUCACUUCUCAGUGAUAGUCAAUUUUGUGUGAUCUGUCACCUGCUGUAAAACCAAAUGGAUUGUGAAAGCAUCAAUAACAAGCAAAAGCGGUAUGCGUUAGGAAAAAGAUGGCAAAUUGAUACAGGUGAGCUUCAGAAAUUCUCCCUGGUUUUUCCUACUUUAUUCAUGUUUUUAUAAAAACUCUCAAACUAGAAGCUUUAGCCAAAGCAACAGUUUUUCUUUCUACUUUUUCAGGGCGUGUUUGCACGUGUAUUGCGAUUGAAAUAUAAUGUUUUAUUUUUGUUACAACUCUGGCAGAUGGAUAUGCUAAAAUGAGAGGUUUUACAUUAAUGCCUGAAACCUUGUUGAUGUAGUACUAGACUUGUGAUUAUUCAUCAACUCCUGCUCAGGUUUUGACCUAGCAGAGCUCUUGCUAAGACCUAGUGUGUGCUAGGAGCAGUGCCAUUAGGUCAAAGCAGGAGCAACACGUAUGCAGGACUAAGUGGGCAGAAAGAGAGAAUUCUGCAGCCAUUGCCACCUGUGAGAGUGGUUUCUGCUGCACCUCUCAUCACCUGAAGCCUUACGGUUGCAAAGUACUUGCCUGGCAGUUUCUUUAGAAUACACUAACACAUGGAAGUUCAAUAGACCAGACUUUCAAGCUGGAAGUCACAGAUACAUCAGUUUAUCACAAAAGCUUUUGGUGCAGAUGGACUGUUGAGGCUUUCAUGUUUCCUGGUGUGGUGCAAGGAACCACUGCACCAGGAGAGAGGGAGCAAGCGGGAGCACUCUCACCAUUGGCUAGGGAACUGUUCUGCUUGUAGGCAUGUGAGUUAGGAAUUAGAGAAAUUGUGAACUAGUGAAUUAAUGUGUUAGACUACCCUCUACAAAGUGGAUUGAGCUUUUGCUUGGUGUGUUUAUUUUUUUCUGAUAAGCUUAUAAAAAAUAUUUAUAGAGUAUGUUGUUCUGGAAAAUUGAGAGAAGUGGACUGUGACAAGCUUAAAGCAUUUGUUUAUGCUUAUGGGUAUUUUUAUGUGACUGUAUUGUAACUUGGUUAUUAAUGAUCUGUGUUAGGGGAGGGAUUGAGGCUUUAAUAUGAACUUACCAUAGUGAAGGUCCUGCAUUAAGCAGCCAGUACACUUGUUACCGCAAAGUGAAUGUAACUCACAUUGUUUACUGUUUGCGUCUGAAGUAUGUGCUGCACAUGGUUGUUCAGAAAUGUAAAGUGUGUUGCAUUGAGUUUGUUCCAAAAAAGUGUUGAAUACACUGAGAAAUGCUAAAUAGCAUUGUAACUUGCUUAUGAAAAUUGAAUGUGUGAUAUUUAAAAGCUAUUGAAAUGGUUAGAGUUUGUGUAAUUCUAACAGUUUGUAUAUAUUUAACUUUUUUAAAAGGACACUGUCUGAAUUUAUUUUUGUGCAUUGACAUAUAUAUAUAUGUUCCUAAAAAGACUGCAAAUGUUUCUCACAAAUUUUAGUGCAGUUUAGCUUUUCUUGUUUGGCUUUCACUUUAUGCAGAAGGUUUUGCCCCCAUCAUAGCCAAUAGAAAGGGAGCCAAAGGUUUGGGCUCUAAGACAUGAGGGAGAGGAAGUUGAAUAGCCUUCUGAAUAGAGGCAAAUUCUUGUGGGAAAAAAAACCAAACGAUUGCAAAAUAAAAAGCAUCUCUGUCUAAAAAUGAUGAAAGCGAGUAUCUUAUGUAGGGCUUUUUCCAUUCCAUAGAUCACUGCACUCCUGUCUUUACUGUGAAUAUAUUUUUCACCAGGAUUUGUACUGAUUGGUUAAAAUGUGCCUAGUUCUUGUUAGAAGUGCCUAUCUCCAAGCUGAAGCAAAAUUGUGAGUGGGCAGGAUACAUGCAGAGAUGCAGCGCUUGAAAGACCUGUUACCACUCAGCUUACAGUCUCUCUUUUUUUUUUUUUUUUUGAGAAGUCCAUGUACAUCAGUGUAUGAUGUGAGGAGUGUUCAGUGGGUAGACUUACGUCAUAAAACCAAGAGGUUUUCAUCUUGGCCUCAGUUGGCAGAGGAAGAAACACAAAAACAGCCUGGGAAGCAGGCUGAAGGUAUACAUACCACUAAACCUUACACCAGUUAUCCAGAGGAUGCCAUAGUGUCACAGCUUUCCCAACAGUAAUUGAAUUCCUGCAAAUAAAUUGACAGUGGUGUAAAACCAGUAAUAGUCAUGCUUUUUAAGCAAUGUUUUUGUGAAGACUGUGGGAGCCCUGUGCUUUAAGGCAGACACCAAGAAGUCCUGUCACAAAGCCUGCCAAUAUGGAUGUCAAGUUGCUAAAAGUUUUGCAAAUGUUCACUAGGAGAGUAAGAUCACUUUGAAUUGGCAUUCUGUGUUAUGCCACUAUCAGUUUGUUUAUUUGAUGCAGUAUUAGAAUCUCUCUAGCCAGAUUUUUACUGUAUUGUAAAGCCUGAGCUCCUAAGAGAAGACUCACAGUCAGUUCAAAAGGAAAGAUAACCUCCAUCUUACCUAAUUUAUGUUUAAAUCUGUGCUCAAUGUCUCUGUCAGCUAAGAUCCUUAAAUGGCCAUAUCACUGUCAAAAUGCCCUAUUAAGCUAUGCUUAAGUCCAUUAAGUACAUAACCAAAACUUUGACUUCUUUACCAAAAUACAGGGGAUAAUUUGCUAGCUCAGAAGUGAGCUUUACCUGCACAUAAUCCAAAGUGGAGUUUGUUAGUAAACUGCUGCUAUAAUCCAAAUGAAAGUAGUUUUUGAGGGUCAUGAAAUUAUUUUUUGUAUUAUAAGAAAUUUACUACUAGAUAAACAAUACUUAAAUGAUCUUAAGUUGAAAGAACUGUCUCUGAUUAUUUUUGUUAAGACUUACCAAAUUUUAAUCUAAGAGUUUGACAGUGGUCCUUUAACGUUCCUUGGAUUAACUAUUUAAAAUGUGCAUUGUAACUGUAAAUACUGCAUCAUCUUGAGCAUUUAGAACUGAGUUGAUUUGUUUGUAAUAUCUAAAUAUAUGUUAAUACAGUUUUCACUAGGCUGGGGAAUUGACAAAAAUUGGAUGGGAAGUUUUAUUCUGUAAUCUGUCAAGACUAUUAUGAUGUUAAACAACAGGUUGCACAUAAGAAUUAAUUUUUUUAAUGUUUUAUCAUAAUAAAAUAUUAUAAUCCUA